AUGGAGGGCAAGAGGAAUAUUGUCAUCGUUGGAGGCGGUGUUAUCGGAUCCACAACAGCAUACUACCUCACCCGCCAUCCCAAGUUCAACAAAGCCCUGCAUACCAUCACUCUUCUCGAAGCUGCUCCCACUGUGGCAGCCGGCGCAUCAGGCAAGGCUGGUGGUCUUUUAGCACUAUGGGCAUAUCCGGACUUUUUAGUUCCCCUCUCAUACCGACUGCAUGCCGAGCUCGCCGCUGAACACAAUGGUCCUCAGAGAUGGGGUUAUCGUCAACUUGGUUGCGGUAGCUUUGAAGCCGUAGUAUCACGCGAUAAACUCAAGUCACUUCAAAGCAACGGCAGCAAAAACCAAGGCCACGAUGGUAAGGAAUGGGAGAAGCUCCCCAAGCAAAACGGUGCAGCAAAGGAACUCCUCAAAGCAGGCAACUUGCCAAAGGAUCUCGACUGGGUGGACCGCGAGAUUAUUGAGAGCUGGUCUGAGAUGGGUGCGCCAGGCAAGACGGAAACAUCACAAGUACACCCCCUACACUUCACGACAUCGAUCGCUGAACUGGCGCAGCAAGGUGGCGCCCAAAUACACAUCAAUGCAAAGGUGACAAAGAUCAAUUCCUCAAAGACUGGUGUCGAGAGCAUAGAGUAUCUCGAUCGCGACUCAGAUGAAACAAAGACCAUCCAAGACGUGACAGAUGUCGUCGUGGCGGCAGGCCCGUGGACAAAUAGAGUGGUACCACGAGCCAAGAUCGAGGGUCUAAGAGCACACAGCGUGGUCUACGACGUCAACCUCAGUCCCUACGCAGUCUUUACAGACAUCCAGCUCCCACCAGACUUCAUUCCCGAGCAUCGUGCGAAGAUGGGACAGAGGAGGAGGCACAAGGGCAAUGUUGACCCAGAAAUCUACGCCAGGCCAUUCAAUGAGGCUUAUGCUUGUGGUGAGCCAGAUACAAAUGUACCACUCCCCGACACAGCAGACCAAGUAGAAUGUGACGAAGCUCAAUGCGACGACAUAAUCUCCUACAUCAGCACAUUCAGUCCCGUCUUGGCUGCUGCACCUGUCAAAGCCAAGCAAGCAUGUUACCUCCCACGACAUAUACGGUUUGGACAAGAGAGCGGCCCUUUGAUCGGCAGAACGACAGUCCCUGGCCUAUUUGUUGCCGCAGGUCACACGUGUUGGGGCAUUCAAAACGGCCCCGGAACGGGUAAGCUCAUGUCUGAGUUUGUGUUUGACGGGGUAGCCAAGAGUGCGGAUGUCGAGAAGUUGGAUCCUCAGAAGUUCAAAGUUUAA